AUGUCUGCUUACUCCGGAUUCACAAAAACAAGCUAUGGCGCCCAAGGGGGUGACGAUUCUGGCGGCUUCUUCGCUGGUGGUUCACAACAGGGCAGUCAAGGCGGCGCCGGCGGCAAGGAUGAGUCCUUGCGCCCUGUCACAAUCAAGCAGAUUCUCGACGCCGAAGAGGCAUACGCUGGCGCAGACUUCAAAAUCGACGGUUCCCCCGUGACACAGAUCACAUUCGUCGGACAAAUUCGCAAGAUUCAGCCUCAACCUACAAAUAUCACCCUCAACAUCGACGACGGAACCGGUAUGAUUGAGGUCAAGAAGUGGAUCGAUGUCGACAAGCAGGACGAUGCUGAUCCCGGUUUCGAGGUGGAGUCUCACGUUCGUAUCUGGGGUCGUCUCAAAUCCUUCAACAACAAGCGACACGUCGGAGCUCAUGUUAUUAGGCCUGUGGCGGACUUCAACGAGGUCAACUAUCACAUGCUCGAAGCUGCAUAUGUUCAUCUCUAUUUUACCAAGGGCCCUCUCGGUGGUCAAGGUGGUGCCAAUGGAGACGGAGAUAGCAUGUUCGUCGAUGGUGGUGGCUACAAUGACAAUGGAGGCGGCAAUGCUGGCCAGGCGCCUACUAAGCUCGCUGGCUGCAGUGGGCUUGCCAAGAAGAUGUUCAACUUUAUGAACGAUACACCUGGUGGCAAUGAAGGUGUCCAUCUCAACGUCAUCACCAACUCUACUGGCAUGUCAGUGCGGGAUGCUCUCACCGCUGCUGACGAAUUGCUUGGCCAGGGUCUAAUCUACACAACAGUUGACGACGAGACAUGGGCAAUCCUCGAAUACUAA